AUGACCUCGCUGCAAACGCACACGAAACCCUCACUCCACCUCUCGCUCACUCCCGAUUCUGGCGGCCCUUCUCACGCAUCCACCUCGACUCCCUCGUCUUCCUCUCGCCGCGUCCCGUCAUGGGGCUCGGGCGCAUCCGACACCUUCUCCCGCCUCUCAGCCAUGGGGGACCGCAGCCUCGACCCGCUCCCUUCGCCGCUCGAAUCGCGCGAGUGGGGAUUCCUGCCCGAGUCCUCGCUCGGUGCGGGUGCGGGGAGUUCCGCUCGGUUAGGCGGGACAGGCGGGAGCUGGCUCGAUGGAUGGGGCGGGUCGAUCGGUACGAGCGGGGCGAAGGGCGAGGCGAGGGAGGCGGCGACUUCAGGCGGGUCCUGGAUGAGCGGCGGCGCGAGUGCAGGCGGCGGAUCUUGGAUGAGCAGCGGACCGAGCGAGUUUGGCGCUUUCCCGUCCGUGUCGACGCCAACCGAGGAGAAGGGCGACGGCCGAGAAGCGCCAAAACGGAACAAGACGCUCUCGUUCUUCGACACCGGCUCGGAAGACUCGUCGCGCGCCCUCUCGCCUCCGCCCAAUCCUCCGUCUCGGCAGAACUCGCUGAGCAGUGGACACCGCCGCGGUCCGUCGUCGUCCUCUGCGCCUCCACCUUCGCCCGGCUGGGAAUCGCUUUACCAGCCUGUGCUCGACCCGCUGCGAAGCUCGGUCGCGAGCAGCACGAGCAGCUGGUUAGACGAGGCGUCGGGUGACGGGACGAGCGUGCCGUGGACACGAGGGCGAGGGGGUUCGAUCGGCAGCACAGCGGGUGCGAGGAGUGCGGUCGACGGGAUGCAGACCCCGAGGAACGAGUCGCCUCGUCGGAUGGAGAACGAGGAGCUGUCGCCCGUCGCCGCACUACGACCUCGCCUCGCGGCGCUCGACACCUCGUCUAUGCAGCCCGGCUUCGGCUCGCCCUCGCCCGUCAACUUUCCCUCGAAGCCGUUGUCUUCGCUUCCGACCGCCGUCGAUGCCCCUCGUUCUCGCUUUUACGACCUUACGACCGCCCCUUCCUCUGUCGCCUCGUCCUCUCGCUCUUCUUCGCGCCGCCAGUUUGUCUCACUGGACGAGCAACCCUCGCCUGCCGCCUCGCCUCCUCGCUCAUCACGGUCAAGCGGCGAGACGCCUCGAUCGCCCUCUCGACAGUCGCAGCAGCAGCCGGACGAAGUCGACUCGUCUCCCGCCGUUCAGGUUGGCGACCGAUUAGGCGACUACGUGAUCGACCGCCUGCUCGGCAAAGGCGCCUUCUCGCGUGUCGCACUCGCACGGAUGAGCAAGGGCAAGGAGCGCGCGAGGGGCCAUGCACGGACGGCAUCGAGGGAUGCGGGAGCGGACGGAGGGCUCGUCGCGCUCAAGAUGAUCGGGAAGAAGGGGUGCGAAUCGAACGAGCGGAUGCGGAUAUCGGUCAUGCGUGAGGUCGAGGUUCUGAAGAACGUCCUCCAUCCUUCGCUCGUCUCGCUCUUCACCUCGUUCUCGACGCCGCAGUACACCGUCCUCGUCCUCGAGUACUGUGCCGGCGGCGAGCUGUUCGACUUUAUCGCCGACUGGCACCACGAGAUGACGGACGGGCUCGCCAAGCGGAUCUUUGGCGAGCUGUGCUCGGCCGUCGGAUGGAUGCACGAGAUCGGCCUCGUGCAUCGGGACAUCAAGCUCGAGAACAUCCUCCUCACCUGCCGACCUUUCCCCUGCCCCGAUUCCUCGUCCCUGCUCUCCUCGCUUCCGACACCGCUCGUCAAGCUCACCGACUUUGGCCUCUCGCGCUUCAUUAACCCCGCCUCGCCUCUCCUCUCGACUCGCUGCGGAUCGGAAGAAUACGCCGCGCCGGAGCUGAUCAUGGGCAAGCGGUACGACGGGCGCAAGACGGACGCCUGGGCGCUCGGUGUCGUCCUCUACGCGCUCAUCACGGGUGUCAUGCCGUUCGUGCAGGGCUCGGGCGGGCGGCGAGGGUACUUGCUCAAGAUCGCAAAGGCGGACUGGCGGUGGCCCGGACUUGCGCGGUCCCUGUCCGUCUCGUCCGUCCCGCCAGAGCCGCGCGUGCUCAACUCGUCGCCCCAGCCCGCCUCGUCCGCUCCCCUCUCCCGCCACGCUUCCAUCUCUUCGUCCGCCGCACCUUCACCUCCCUCACUCACUCCCUCGACGCCCGCCUCUUCCUCCGCUUCUUCCCGGCUCGUCUCGCCCGCCGUCCAAGCCGUUGUCGCGCGCCUGCUCGUGCGAGAUCCGGCAAGACGAGCGGCAGUGUCGGACCUGUGGGACUUGGAGUGGGUGCGCGGGGAGACGAAGGCUGCGGGGCGGGUCCGGCGUGUUGCGGCGGAGGACUGGGCGAGGAGAGGGUCCGAGCUGUUUGAGUGA